UCUAUGAGAAAGUUAACUCAGUGAGAACAUUUUCGGAUUUCGAAAAAAGUAGGAAAAACUCAUUCUGCUGAAAUGGCAUUUCGAAGAAGAAACAAGAGUUAUCCUUUCUUCAGCCAGGAAUUCCUCAUUCAGAACCAUGCCGACAUCGUCUUUAGUUUGGUGAUUUUUAUCUUGAUCGGAUUGAUGUUUGAGGCAACAGCAAAGACUGCCAUUCAGUUUAUUCAACCUCAGUACAACAUCAGCACUCUAUCACCAGAGAGCGAGGUGACACUCUAUCAGUAUGGGUGGAGAGAUUGCGCCACCAUCCUCUUCUACUUCUUUAUCACCAUCAUCCUACACGCUGUGGUGCAGGAGUACAUCCUGGAUAAAGUUAACAGGCGACUACACCUCUCAAAGAGCAAGAACACCAAGUUUAACGAGUCAGGCCAGCUGUGUGUGUUUCACCUGGUGUCCAGUGUGUGGAGUCUUUAUAUCCUCAUAACAGAAGGAUACCUCCUGCAUCCCAGCAGCCUUUGGGAGAACUAUCCUCAUGUUCACCUCAGGUUUCAGGUGAAGCUCUUCUACCUCACUCAGCUAGCCUACUGGCUCCAUGCCCUGCCAGAGCUCUAUUUCCAGAAAGUGCGCAAGGAGGAAAUUCCACGUCAGCUUCAGUACAUCUCUUUGUAUCUGCUGCACAUCUCAGCAGCCUAUCUGUUAAAUUUAAGCCGUGUGGGACUGGUGCUCCUGUUCUUGCAGUACUUGUCCGAACUGGGCUUCCACAUCGCCAGGCUCUUCUACUUCACAGACGAGAGCCACCACAAGAUGUUUGACCUGUGGGCGGUGAGUUUUGCAUUGACGAGGAUGGUGACCCUGACCGUCAUGUUCCUGGCUGUGGGCUUCGGGUUGGCUCGGGCAGAGAACCAGGGGCUGGACUGGGAGACGGGCAACUUCAACACAGCGCUGUUAAGGAUGACUGUACUGCUGCUGGUGUGUCUGACCCAGUCCUGGCUGCUGUGGAAGUUCAUCCGUUUCCAGCUGCGACGGUGGCGAGAGUUCAGACACGAACAGGCGGCACGCAAGAGGGCUGCCACCAAACAACCCGCUCGGCCGCUGAAGAGAGACUCCCUUGGACACCAUGAAAACGGCGUAAUCAAAGCUGAAAACGGAGCAUCACCCCGGACCAAGAAAAUCAAGGCCCCCUAAGUUUCACCCAAUAUGUCCGUUGUUUAAACGGCGGCCCUGGCUAUGGCUUAUUUACCGGAACAGAAAAAUGGGGGCCGUUGGUCACCCACAUCUUGUAAGCGUCUCUGGAGCUGACACAGGGUCUCUGUCGCCAGGGACACAGGCUUUAAUGCUGGAAAAGAAAAAUCCAAAACAAUCCCUUGAGUCCAAACAGACAUUUACUCUUUUUCAUAUCAGUAUUUUUUUAUUUUUUUUAUACACCCUCACUGCCUGCAUUUUUUUUUAUUUUUUUUAGCUCCUUUGUAUUCUAAAGUGACUUCUAUGUAUAUGUGUGAUGCACGGUGUACCUAAGCAUCAUAUUGAAUGUUUCUCUUUAUGCAUAUGUACUGUACCAGUCUAGCAUUUGUCCUUAGUUUCCUGCUGUGCUGUGUUCUGUUGAUGAGCUGGCUUUGCUUUCACGGUCAUUUUGCACAGGAAGGAUGUAGCUGAUGCUACAGUUGCCUGGAGGGACAUAAUGACAGGGCUGGCUUUGACAAUAUACUGUUUAUUUUGAGGGUAAUACCUGGUUGAGAUUGGACCAAUCUUAAGGAAUGUCAAGUCUUUGGAAUCUGCCCUGGGUAGUGUCAGUGUAAAAUAAUGCAUUUAUGCCAUGGUCACUUAGAGAGAAGCAUCAUGUAUGUUGAUAAUACCGCAUGCUAUUUCAUGUUUUUUGUUUGUUAAAUUGUUUAUUACUUUAUUAAAUAUAGCAGUUUUCUGAAA